AUGGAGAGGCAAAAUAUUUUGCUGAAGCCAGUCUUGGCCUUGUCGUUAGUGCUGGCGUUUACGUCUGGAUUUGCCAUGGCUGACUACUGGACCAACUGGUAUGACUUUGAUAAUGGAGGAGGAAGUGGAGAUUACGAACGGAUUCAAGAUCACCCCACUGCAGCGGAUUGGCGCCCAUGUGGGGGUCGGGUUAAAGAGAGGAUCGAAGCUCGGGAGGUGGGGACGACCGACGUAAUCUCCACCAAGGAUCAUCUUACCGUGGGACCGAAUUACGGUCUGUACUGCAGUAACGGGGCCAUCAGCGGUUACUGUCAAGACUACGCGGUGCAGUACUGCACUGCGGCUGACGUCUGUAGUGGAUGGAAAGAUGUCAACAAUCCAGGAUUUACAGAUGACGAAAGAAAAAUAUUGCACGGCGUACUUCCGGCCCCGGUCGAGUACAUAAAGAUCAGGGACCAGAGUAUUCCCUUCUUGCAAUACACUGUGUAUCAACAAAUCAAACUCAGUCCAAGGUAUGGACUUCUGUGUCUUAACAGUCGCCAGAGUUGCAAAGACUACGAAGUUCGUUACUACUGUGGGGAUUACCCCAAGCUUGGGUUCAGGAUUGAAGGAUAA